UAGGGAAAAGCAGACUCCAUUGUCUUGGAUGGACAUGGGACAAACAUGGCAGGUGUCUGGCUUGGCAGACAUACCGCACCGUGUCUGAGAAGCAAGUAGGGCCACAGCUCCUGAGUACCAUAGAUAUUGUGCACCCACAGAACUGCCCAUCCUGCCUCCUCUUUACAAUACAGUAAUGCAGACAAUGUAUUUGGUUCCCAAGCAGUAAUCUCAUGUGUUCUGUAAGAGAGGAAAGAAUGCAAGUACUUUUGAACUGAAAAUCAGCAGUAGCUGCUUUGCCCAAACAGUACAGAGGUGAUGCACAGACUUGCUGAGAGCAACGUAACUAGGUUAAAAUGGUUGGAACGGACCAAAGAAGGAAUCGACUUGGCAGUCUCACCCCCACUACUUGGUACUUCUAUCUGCGACCUCAACCCUUGUUCCAAAUGCUAAUGACUGGAGGCUUGUGAUGACCUUGAGACAGGUAUGUAGCCUCAGUUGCAACUGAAGCACAGAGCCAGCGUGACUUAGCUAACUUGCAGGUAGGGCUGGCACUGAAACCCAGAUCUCUGGAGACGUUCCUACCAUCCAAGCCUUUGUGCUCAGAUCUGCAUAGUCUUAUUUUAUCCACCCUUUUGUGCUUGUGGAGCUUGACCUGUUAACAAGGGCAGGGUGAUAGAAACUGAGUAAAUUCAAAAAGUCCCUUUCAGUGCUCUAAAAUAUGGGGCACUUGUACUCCAAGAGCUUCAGCUCACAAGAGUGCCCAUCUCUUCUGCUUAUUUCCAGGCCUGUUUUUGGUUUAUUUUUUGAUCUGGGUUAUUUUGGGGGGGGUGUAAGUGUAGGAGUUUUGCCAUGAAUAGUGUCAGCCAAGUUGCACUGUGGAGCAUCGCAGCUCUGUCCUUUCCUACUCCUAAAAUUCAUUUGUACAGAAGAACAUUAUAUGCCUGCAGUGUCUCUUUGAAGAGAGGUAAUUGGAAAGCAAUUUUCCUUAUGAAUAUUAUGUGCCAUUCCCACAGCCCACUUUCAACAGUCGCUGCUGCUGUCAAUUGCAAUUUCCUUUCAGCUUUGCCACCUCUGCUAUCUUUUUUAAUUGAGGUAGCAGUGACUUUAUUGAGAGCUCCAUUGGCUGCGGAGAUUAAAAAAUCCUGGGGUUUCUAUGGCCUCUCUUCCCUCAUUUAGAAGUGUAUACAAUGUAACGUUUUCAAAGGUGCUCUUAAUUUUCUUCCUUUUUCCCCUUUUUGAAUUGGGGCUUGCUGCCUCGGGUUUUAAAAAACGUUCUUAAUGAAGAUGACUGGCAAAUCUAUGCAUGUUCUUUCUGUCUACCGAUGCGCAAUUACAGCUGUCAUUCAGGUGCAGUGAUAUGCUGCAGUCCUGUAAUGCAUAAAAACCACCCAAGAAAAACAUUUUGGCCUAAAAACUCAGUUUUGAUAACUGCUCUUUUUGUGUGGCUUUUCAGCCUGUUCUUUGAAAUUUUGUGCCCAGUGUUUUAUAACGAUUUUGGAUGUGUUCCAGGGCACAUUAUCAGCAGAAUGGAAAUUACUUUCCUAGCAUCUUGGCAUUGAAACAUAAAUUAAUUUAAAAAAAAUGGGGUGUGAUUUGGGAUGCUUUAGUUAAUGUGCCUUUAAAUGGCUCUGAUUUUCUGAAAAUUAGGCCCCUCUAAGGUGUGUCCAGUCAGUCACUCAAAUUCAUUAGUCAUAUCUUCUCAAUCAACAUGUUAAUUACUGUGCAGUAAUUACCUCUUUCUUAGCAACUCAGAAGCGAUUUGAUCUUUUGGUAAAGAGAACAGCUAACCUUUUGAAUUUAAGUAUGGUUGCCUCCCUUGUUGAAAUGUGUGCGCCAGUUGUGUCAUGCUUAAUAGUUUUCAUAAAGAAUUGUUUUAGUAGAGCACUUAUAAACACCCAUUUUGCUUUACAGGAACAUAGCACUAGAAAGCAAACUAGUAGCUCUAAGCAUCUCUGGAUGAAAGUGGUGUAUGGAUUAUCUCUUGAUCUUUCUGUUAGGCCUCCAGUCUCCAAGAGGAUUGGAUUUUGUGCAACCCAGGAUCUCUUGAGCAAAUAUUGGCAAGAUUUCAUAGAAGCAGGCUGCUGUCAUUCCCCAGUUUGACCUGUGGCAGGUUGAUGGUGGUUUUCUGUAGAGUUUAAAUGGUGGCUUGUAUGGGCUAGUUUGGAUAGGGAUGAUAUUGUCCCAGACAAGGGGCUGUACUAGACCCUCGGCGGUCCCUUCCAGCCCUGCUUCUCUGCGACUCUGGCCUGUCCGGUGUGACCAGCGCUUAAGGAAGCCGGCUGGGAGGACAGUCACUCGCCCAAGUAAGUUACUAGGCAGCACAUGUACCUGGUGCAGAAUCGGGCCAUCUUUUUUUGCGGGGAGGUGCUCUGCACACCAGCUUUAUGUCGAAACUUCUUUCCAGAUCCUGUCUAGUCGUACAUUAGAGCAUCCUGAUCAUCAGGAUAAUUGACCUGUUGGAGCUAUUCUUGCCUUUCAUUUUUUAAACAAUUUAUUCCAGAUGAUAGGAGCAGCAUUCAUAGUGCAACCGGGGCUGAGUUGAAGACCGAGACCAGUAUUGUCUAUGAGCGGAUACAGGCAGGUCACUACGAAAUCUUCCCAACCCGGUCGGGGGGCCGAGGGGAGGAGCCGUGCCGAAUCCUCCGCAGUUGCCGAUAUUCAGUUCUCUUCCCGGUGUCUUGUCCUUCGUCACGGCCGACCGAGCGCAGCGCUCGGUGCCUCUCCACCCCGCUGCUCUCCCACCUGGCCCCGGCUCCACUUCCUCCGUCAGAAGGAGGGAGUGGGGGUCGCAAACUUGUGCUCCCUCUCGGUGCAGCUGGUUGCGCUAGUCCGCCAAUGCGCAUCUACCCUGCCGUAGGCCGGAGAGGUCUCCACAAAGCUGACGCCUGCCCGGGACUCGAGCUGUCUGGGGGUGGCCUUGCCCUGUGCCCUCCCAACCCGGAGGCUAGGGGGGGAAAGGAGGAUCCUCCAGCCCAGCAGCCAGGACAGGUUCGUCCCCUGCGGCCCGUGUCCAGAAACGUGGCACUGCUGCUCCCCGGCGUCCGCAGCAUCCCCGGGCCCGCCCCCCGGCCGCCUUUGUGCGCCGAGCCCCGCCCCCCGGCCGCAGGCCCCGCCCCCCGGCGGCCGGCUCUCGCUGGCGCGCCCCCACGUGGCCCCCACGGCGCGGGCCGUACUAACAUGCUGGCGCGGCUCAGCGAGGCUGCGCCGACCGCGGGCCAAUGGCGAGGCCGCCGGGGGGCGGGCGCUCGACGCGCAUUGGCCGCGGGCGGCCGGCGCGGCGCGUCAUUGGGCCCCAGGGCCGGGUCGGCUGCGCCGCGCGGGCAGGUGCGGCGGGGCCGCGGCAUGGAGCCGGAGCGGCCGCAGCAGGCCCCGAGCGCCGCCAUCCGCGAGGGCUGGUUCCGCGAGACCUGCAGCCUGUGGCCGGGCCAGGCCAUGUCGCUGCAGGUGGACGAGCUGCUCUACGCCAAGCGCUCGCGCUUCCAGGAGAUCCUCGUCUUCCGCAGCAAGACGUACGGCAACGUGCUGGUGCUGGACGGCGUGAUCCAGUGCACGGAGCGCGACGAGUUCUCCUACCAGGAGAUGAUCGCCAACCUGCCGCUCUGCAGCCACCCCAGCCCCCGCAAGCAGGUGCUGAUCAUCGGCGGCGGGGACGGCGGGGUGCUGCGCGAGGUGGUGAAGCACCCGUCCGUGGAGUCGGUGGUGCAGUGCGAGAUCGACGAGGAUGUGAUUAAGGUGUCUAAGCAAUACCUCCAGGGCAUGGCGGUGGGGUACUCCAGCCCAAAGCUGACCCUGCGCAUCGGUGAUGGCUUUGAGUUCAUGCAGCAGAACCAAGAAGCCUUUGAUGUGAUUAUCACAGACUCCUCCGACCCUGUGGGUCCUGCCGAGAGCUUGUUCAAAGAAUCCUACUACGAGCUGAUGAAGACAGCUCUGCGAAAGGAUGGCAUCCUCUGCUGCCAAGGGUGACCAUGUGGGGAACUUGGGACACUGCCGCUACCACUGGUAUUACUGUUUGAGCAGGUAAGGAGUCAGUGGCUCAUUAAUAACCCAUUCUUUUCUUCACAGGGGUUAACAAUCCCACUUUCAAUGGUUGUUCCACUAAUCAAGCUAAUCUACAAACACAGUUUUGCUGUCUGAUAGGACUUUCUGUUUCAUAACUCCUGCCACUGGGCCUCCUUACCCAGGAUUCUUGUUUUAAUUUUCAGUGGACUGGCCUUUGAAAUCUGGGGCUAUCCCAGCCAGUCCAAGACAUAUGGUCACCCUACUUGCUUGCAGACACAUGGGGGGGGAGGAAUGUGCUUUACUUUAAACUUGGCGCCCACACCAAACCCAACACACACCCAGAAAAUGCAGCGCAUUAGUUGGACCCGGCUUUCCCAAUAUCUAUAAAAAUUGGGCGUUUUAGUGGCGGGGUUUUGGCACUUGUAUGUAGAUUUGCUGCUUCAGAUAAGCACCAAAAAGCCCCAGUGAAGCACCCGAUCUAUACAGACACUACAGAGUCGGGUCAAAGUAAUGCGCUGCUGCUCCUGGUAAAGUGUGGGUUUUUGCGGGGGGCUUUUCCCCACUUCUGUCAGUGCAAAUUAUAACUGACUUGGCCUGGGCCUGUAGAUCUUGUCCCCACUUGACUGAGGCUGUACCUUACAUAUGUUUUCAUCACCAGCCACAGCCUCAGGGGGGGCAGCAAAGAGCCAAGGCUGGGGAGAGCUUUGUCCUGACACACUGGAAAACAACUUUCCAUAACUCUGUGAAAUGUCUUGGAGUCUGCCUGUGCCUUUGCGGUGCCCUUCCCCAGGACCUGCCUUUGGACCCCCAACAGCCUGGGUCUGCUGAUGAAAAUCGCAGGAGCAGUAACACUGUAAAGCGCAGAGCCCAGAUGUCACCUUGAUUCCUCUCAGCUCAAAGCUGGAGGUGGCGAUGAGCUGCUCUGAGGUCCUUCUUUCCC